AUGGCAGAGGCCUUCUCGUUCGGCGCAUUCGAAGAUAAAAGUGUCCCGAAGCACAAGAUAGAAGUCGCUGUUUGGUCUCCAAAAAUGGACCUUUUGGCAAUCGGAACCAGACAAGGAGUCGUUUCCAUCCUGAGGUAUCGUAUGAUUCAAGUUUGGGAAUCCUCUGGAACCAUGUCUGAUCGCCUGGGUCGUGUGACGCAUCUUGCUUGGCGACCUGACGGCCAAGUUUUGGCGGCUGCUCAUUUAACUGGGCUUAUACGUCUGCUACUUCUCGAUAAUGGUGUUACUUUGCACGAAAUUAACUUGUUAAAUAUUUUUACUGAGCCAUCCUCUUCUGAGGAAACGCCUAGCACUAAACAGCGUAAUCCUAAAGUAUCCAGAUUGCUUACUAUCAGCCAUCUGUCCUGGUUAUCUACUGAGACAAAAGAGUAA